AUGGAGGCUGCAGGGCCACCCCCGGCCCAGAGGUGCUUUCGGGAGGCCCUGGAGAAGCUUUUCCCCCGCCUCGGCUUCCUCUGCUCCCUGGUGACCUACGCGCUGCUGGGUGCCGUCCUCUUCUUGGCCAUUGAGGGCGGCCAGAACCUGGGGCCAAAAGACCCGGAGUUUGAGGAGUUCUUGGUGGAGCUCUGUGGCAUCUCGAAAUGCAACAGAACAGUUGAGGAAGGCAGGAAACAGGACCUCGGGGCGCUGCUGCAGAAGGUGAAGCCCCACUGGUUUAGCAGGUUUGCAGACUGGUCCUUCCUGAGCUCACUCUUUUUCUGCUGCACGGUGAUCAGCACUGUGGGUUAUGGUCACAUCUACCCGGUCACCAGGCUCGGCAAAUACUUGUGCAUGCUCUACGCCCUCUUUGGCAUCCCCCUGAUGUUCCUAGUCCUCACGGACAUGGGUGACAUCCUGGCCACCAUCCUGUCCACGUCUUACCAUCGGUUCCAAAAACUCCCAUUCUUCCCACCUCCCCUCCCUUACUGGUGCUCCCGCCUGCUCUGCAGAAAGCUGGCCACCAUGCCCGCGGGCGAGGCUGUCCCAAGGAUUGUCAGAGAUGCCCAAGAGCUUCCGGGCCCCAAACCCGGCCCGUGUCCGUCCACCCCAAGCAGCAACACAGAUCUGUUCGAGAGACUUCUUGCACGAGAGAAGCGGAACACGCUGCACCCGCCCCCGCGGGCCGUACAGAGGACUAACUCGUGUCCCGAGCUGGUGUCAGGAAGACUCUCCUACUCGGUCAUCAGCAGUCUGGACCAGGUGGGACGGCAGGUGGAGAAGCUGGACAUGCCCCUCCCGGUCAUCGCCCUCCUUGUGUUCGCCUACAUUUCCUGUGUGGCCGCCAUCCUCCCCAUCUGGGAGAAGAAGCUGGACUUCGAGAACGCCUUCUAUUUCUGCUUCGUCACACUGACCACCAUUGGGUUCGGGGAUACCAUUUUAGAACACCCCCACUUCUUCUUGUUCUUCUCCAUUUAUAUCAUCAUUGGGAUGGAGAUCGUGUGCAUCACUCUCACCAUCCCGUGCAUCACUUUCAAGUUGGUGCAAAACAGGCUGAUUCACAUCUACAAAAAUCUCGUGCUGUUCUUUGCAAAAGGGGUAUUUUACCACCCUGUUAAUAAGUGA